GGCCCCGAACCGCAUUUAAGGCAUUCCGGUGUAGACAGCGGACCAGAAAACAAGUAUACGCAAUUCCGCGAUUACGCAGCACACGCACACCCACAAUCUCAAAAUGUUCGACUUCAAUUUGGAAUUUGCGCGAGGAGGCGCCCGUUUCACCACGGAACUGUUCCAGCUUUUGGCGACUGGUGGGCUGAAGGACAAUGUGGUCUUCUCUCCCUUCUCCAUCCAAUCGUGCAUUGCCUUGGCCUUCGCCGGAUCGCAGGGAGAAACUGCCGACGAGAUCGCCAAGGCCCUGCACUUUGUGUCCAACUUCCCGCCAGAGGUGGCCCAGACUUUCCAGUUCGUCUUCGAAAAGUAUCGCAACAGCAGCCUGCUCAGCGUGGCCAACAAGCUGUACGUGCAGGAGGGUAAGCAGCUGAAGCCGGACUACCAGGCGGCCAUCAAGGAGCAGUACCUCUCGGAGGCGGAGUCCAUCAACUUUGCCCUCAGCGAUGCCGCCGCCCAGGCCAUCAAUGCCUGGGUGAAUGCCAAGACGCAGGGCAAGAUCACAGAGCUCGUCAGCGCGGACUCCUUCUCGGACAACACGCGGCUGGUCCUGCUCAAUGCCCUCCACUUCAAGGGCAGCUGGGCGCACAAGUUCAGCGAGGAGCGCACCGAGGAGGAUGACUUCUGGGUGGGCGAGGAGGAGCAGGUCAAGAUCAACUACAUGAACCAGAAGGCCAAGUUUAACUACGGUUACUUUGAGGACCUGGGCUGCACCGCCCUGGAGAUGCCCUACCAGGACUCGGAUUUGUCCAUGUUUGUGUUGCUGCCGCAGGAGCGGACGGGCCUGUACGACCUGGCCGCUAAGCUCAAGACCGUCAAUCUGGUGGAUCUGGCCGACAAGAUGACCGUGGAGGAGGUCCAUGUCAAGUUCCCCAAGUUCAAGGUGGAUUACUCCCUGGAAUUGGCCGAAAAACUGAAGCAGCUGGGCAUCACGAAAAUGUUCACUGAUGGAGCCGAGUUCAACAAUCUGUUGGAAUCCCCGGAGGGCAUCUUCGUGUCCAAGGUGCUGCACAAGGCCACCAUCGAGGUGAACGAGGAGGGUACGGAGGCGGCGGCUGCCACUGGCAUGAUCAUGAUGACCCGCAUGAUGACCUUCCCCCUGCAGUUCCAGGCGGACCGGCCAUUCCUCUACGUCAUCUGGAACAAGAAGAACAUCCUCUUCGCCGGAGCCUUCGUGAAGGCGGCUUAGAAGCUCAACUCUCACUCUCUUUUCUGUUGUUUGUAUUGUUUUUAUCAAAAAGUAUUUUUAAAUAAAUAAGCGAUCCAUGUCA